GGGCAGCGCAGGCCGGAGGCCGCGAUAUGGCGCUGUCUGUAGGAGCGGCCGCCGGCGGCUUGGAGCCGCUUUUCCCCGAUUUAGGAGCCGAGGAUGCAGGCCCAAUCGUGAUGGAGAGCCUGUGCAUGAACUGCCUGAAGAAUGGGAUGACCCGGUUGCUGUUGACUAAAAUCCCAUUCUUCAAAGAAAUUAUUGUGAGUUCUUUUACCUGUGAGAGCUGUGGCUGGGUUAACAAUGAGGUUCAGUCGGCUGGAAAGAUCCAGGAGGAAGGAGUUCGAUACACACUCUGUGUUUCUUCCAAAGAGGACCUGAACCGUGAAGUUGUGAAAAUUGACUGUGCUACAACCAAAAUUCCUGAACUUGACUUUGAGAUUCCACCAUUCACACAGAAAGGAGCACUUUCUACUCUUGAGGGUCUGAUUGACAGAGCUGUUACUGGUCUAGAACAGGACCAGCCCACGCGGAAGGCAAUGGAUCCCAGCGUUGCUUCUCGGAUUGAAGAAUUUAUUGAAAAGCUAAAGAAGUUGAAAGAUGUUGAGAUGCCAUUCACGCUGAUUAUUGAUGAUCCGUCUGGGAACAGUUUUGUCGAGAAUCCUCAUGCCCCGCAGAAGGAUGAGGCAUUAACAAUUACUCAUUACAAGCGAGAUGCUCAUCAGGACAGCAUGUUGGGACUGCAGGCGGCUACAGAAGAGGAGACACCCAAAACUGCCAUGGAUGACUUAAGAAAUGAGGUAUUACAGUUCAGUACCAAUUGUCCAGAAUGCAAUGCACCUGCUGAAACCAACAUGAAAUUAGUGCAGAUCCCACACUUUAAGGAGGUGAUCAUCAUGGCAACAAACUGUGAAUCUUGUGGACACAGGACCAAUGAGGUGAAGUCAGGUGGUGCCACAGAGCCUCUGGGCACUAAAAUCACACUGCGGAUCACGGACCCUUCUGACAUGACCAGAGACCUGCUGAAGUCUGAAACCUGCACCAUCUCUAUUCCAGAGCUGGAAUUUCAGCUUGGAAUGGGCAUUCUUGGAGGAAAGUUCACCACUUUAGAAGGGUUGCUGAUAGAUGUGAAAGAAUUGAUUAUGGCAAAGAAUCCAUUUUUUGCUGGGGAUAGCUCUGCUCCUCAAAAAUCUGAAAAGCUCAGAGAAUUUGGGCAGAAGUUGGAUGAGAUUAUUGCAUGCAAGAGAGAAGCUCACAUCAUUCUUAAAGAUUCGGCAGGAAACAGUUAUCUCCAGAAUUUAUAUGCCCCAGAUCCUGAUCCAGAAAUGAAGAUUGAAAAGUAUGAGCGCACAUUUGAAGAUAAUGAGGAACUUGGUUUGAAUGACAUGAAGACUGAAAAUUAUCAGGAGCCGGAAAUGGAUAAAUAAAACUGAGCAGGGUUAAGUCAGGACAGUGAUAGCUGGUGUCUUUUUUUUGGUGUACCAUGUGAAAUAUUGAAAUAGAUAUUUAUCUAAAGAAAGGGGAUCCCAAAAGAGUGGAUCGUUGAAGUGUCUGUAAUGGAAUGUGAUGUGGAUGUGAGUCUAUUCUGUACACUUCACAGAUCCUGAAUGUUGGAAUGCCAUUGAUACAAAGUGAAAGGAGCCACUGGAUUUAUCUCUAUCUUUAUCUUUAUCUUUAUUCUGUGUUCCUCCAACCUUCCAAGUUGGGAGUAAAUAUCCACAUAGCCUUCAGUUGGGACUUCCUGAUCAAACUCCAAUGAGGAUAAAUGGCAGGAGAGAGCUUAACUUACCACUUGAUGCAGGUCAUUUGGUGCUUGAAUGUAAUAUUUUGUUACUAACUCAUUCUAAUUUCAAGUAAAAAAAUAUAUUUAUGCA